AUGUUGAUUGUAGGGCUCACUUAUUGGUCAAGCGAUGUUGAAAGCAGCCAUCCGAUCCGAUCUUGGGGUUACUAUGCCGGCCUCUACGCAUUGUUUCAAGUCUGCGGACUCUUCUCGCUUCUUCUGCUUGCCAUAGUCAUCUUCAUCGUCUCGGUACAAAGAGUCGGUGCUGGUAUCCAUAAGGAUGCUCUACAGACACUGAUUCGAGCGCCUCUGAGCUUCUUCACUGGCACAGAUACAGGUGUGGUAACAAAUCUGUUCUCUCAAGAUCUCAAUCUGGUGGACACAGAACUGCCGAAUGCGCUGCUCAACUUCCUCUUCGCGGUAAGUCUGGGACGACCCACCGUUUUUUCCGAAGGCGAAGUAUCUGUUAAGCAGUACUAA